AUGGUCAUUCUGCAGCAGGGGGACUAUGUGUGGCUGGACCUUAAAACGGGCCGAGAGUUUGACGUCCCGGUCGGAGCCGUGGUCAAACUGUGCGACUCCGGGCCGAUCCAGGUUCUGGACGAUGAAGGCCGGGAGCACUGGAUCUCUCCUCAGAAUGCCACCAACAUCAAGCCCAUGCACCCGACCUCCAUCCACGGGGUGGAGGACAUGAUCCGCCUGGGCGACCUGAACGAAGCCGGCAUCCUCCGCAACCUGUUCAUCCGCUACAACGAGCACGUCAUCUACACAUACACCGGCUCAAUCCUGGUGGCCGUCAACCCGUACCAGCUGCUUCCCAUCUACACACCCGACCACAUUCGCCUCUACACCAACAAGAAGAUCGGCGAGCUGCCGCCGCACAUAUUCGCCAUCGCAGACAACUGCUACUUCAACAUGCAGCGGAACAACAAGGACCAGUGCUGCAUCAUCAGUGGGGAGUCUGGAGCUGGGAAGACAGAAAGCACAAAGCUGAUCCUGCAGUUCCUCGCUGCCAUCAGCGGUCAACACUCCUGGAUCGAGCAGCAGGUCCUGGAGGCCACGCCCAUCCUCGAAGCCUUCGGAAAUGCCAAGACGAUUCGUAACGACAACUCCAGUCGCUUCGGGAAAUACAUCGACAUCCACUUCAACAAGCGAGGCGCCAUCGAAGGAGCCAAGAUCGAGCAGUACCUGCUGGAGAAGUCUCGAGUGUGUCGACAGGCUCCAGACGAGAGGAACUACCAUAUUUUCUACUGUGUGUUGAAGGGGAUGCCUCCGGAGCUGAAAGCUAAACUGGGUCUGGGCCUCGCCACAGAUUACUCCUACCUCACCAUGGGUAACUGCACACAGUGUGACGGUCGUGAUGACCUGAGGGAUUACUCCAGCAUCCUGUCGGCCAUGAAGGUCCUCAUGUUCACUGAGACGGAGAACUGGGAGAUUUCCAAGCUGCUCGCUGCGAUCCUGCACAUGGGGAACCUGCGAUUCGAGGCUCGAACGUAUGACAACCUGGACGCCUGUGUGGUUGUGAGAUCUCCUGACCUGGUUACUGCUGCUUCACUCAUGGAGGUGGAGCCUAAGGACGUGAUGGUGUGUUUGACGACACGAACCCUGAUCACUCGAGGGGAAAGCGUGGCGACGCCUCUCAGUGUGGGACAGGGCCUGGAUGUCAGGGACGCCUUUGUUAAGGGGAUCUACGGAAGACUGUUUGUCUGGAUCGUGGAUAAGAUCAACGCCGCCAUAUACCGGCCGCCGUCCUGCGAGAGUAACCUCGUGCGCAGAUCCAUCGGGCUGCUGGACAUCUUUGGCUUCGAGAACUUCAUCGUCAACAGCUUCGAACAGCUCUGCAUCAACUUCGCCAACGAGAACCUGCAGCAGUUCUUCGUGCGUCACGUCUUCAAGCUGGAGCAGGAGGAGUACAACCUGGAGGACAUCAGCUGGCAGCACAUCGAGUUCACCGACAACCAGGACGCCCUGGACAUGAUCGCCAACAAACCCAUGAACAUCAUCUCCCUCAUCGACGAGGAGAGCAAGUUUCCUAAGGGAACUGAUGCUACGAUGCUCUAUAAGCUCAACUCGCAGCACAAGCUCAACUCCAACUACAUCCCUCCUAAAAACAGCUAUGAAACCCAGUUUGGGAUCCAGCACUUUGCUGGUGUGGUGCAUUACGAGACCAGAGGAUUCCUGGAGAAAAACCGAGACAGCCUCCACACCGACAUCAUCCAGCUCGUCCACUCGUCCAAGAACAAGUUCAUCAAGCAAAUCUUCCAGGCGGACGUGGCCAUGUUUCUGUGCGGCUAUCAGCAGCCGAGCACCCCCACUCCAAAG